GAAACGGAAACAGUUUGGACAGUCUCCGAUUUUAAGAACUGAAUUGAAUGGGAGGGACUGAGAAGACGAGCAAGGUCGUUAUGACGGCGUCUGUAUCACAAUCGCCGGUCAGGUGGUGGCGGACGGCGUUUCUGACCGUCAGAGACGAAACCCUCACGACUCCUCCUCGCACUCCAAUCCCCGAACUCCUCCACAAUUUCAUCUUCUCCCACUCCCACACUCUCCUCUCCGCUGCCCCCGACCUCCCUCCGCAGGAGGUGACGUCAGAUUUGUUGUUCCUAACGGAAUUGAUCACCACCAAGUCUCACGGCGCCGGCGAUUUGACCCCUACCUUCGCUCACACAAUUCACCUGAUCCAUGACGUUAGCCAUCGUCUUCCUCUGGAAGUCAAUUCAGCUUCGUGGACUCUCAUGCUUGACGGUUUCGGCAACAUGCUUCAAUUCUUCAUUGCCUCUUCGUCAUUUACGCCCAGCAUGGAAUGCUUACAGACUCUGAGGCGUGUUAUGAGCACCUACCAGAGGAAGUGUUCUCCGGCGGAUGAGAUUCAGCUGGUUAAGUUCCUUCUGCGCGUAAUUGAGAGCUGUCAUUCAGAGUUAAGUAGCUCAUUGCAUUCAAUUCGCAACCAGAGCUCUGCUUCUGAAGUUGGAAAGAGAAAGCCAUCGCCGCAACAUUGCAGCUUAUGGGAAGCUCAGACCCUUGCAUUCAAUAUGCUUGGAGAAACAAUCUCUAGGGCCGGCUCGUUGUUUCCCGUGGAUAUCUGGAAAUCAUCUAUUGAGGUUUUUAGGAAAGUGAUGGAUGUAUUGGCAGCUAAAAGCCUGCUUGUAGAAGACACUGUAAUGUCGAGGUUUUAUUUAUCUCUGCUGCAUUGUCUGCACUUGACUCUCUCAGAUCGUAAGUGUUCCCUCUCUGACCAUGUGUCAGGUUUUGUAGCUGCUUUGCGAAUGUUCUUGUCCUAUGGUAUUAGUAGUAGAAGCCAGCUUACCAGGCCGGCAACUGGUCAAAAGGAGAGUGAACUUAGUGUAGCCAGCCUUAAGUCUGGUUUGGAAGAUCCUAAAAAGACAGAUCGUAGUCCAUAUAGACCUCCACACCUACGCAAAAGGGACAGUUCAAAGCAGAUUGGAGCUCGAGGUUCUCAAGGUUUAUCAGAUCAGGAAUCUUCCACACUUGACUUUGCCUCAUCAGAUUCAGAUUAUAGUGACAGUGAUGGAUCACUUAAAGACACUGAAAGCAUUCAGAAGUCGAAGGUCAGAGUAGCUGCCAUUGUUUGUAUACAGGAUCUCUGUCAAGCUGAUUCGAAAUCAUUUAGUAGCCAAUGGACACUGCUUUUGCCAACCAGUGAUGUACUACAACCUAGGAAGUUUGAAGCAACACUAAUGACUUGUUUGCUGUUUGAUCCCUAUUUGAAGGCACGGGUUGCAUCUGCCUCAACUCUGGAAGCAAUGUUGGAUGGGCCUUCUUCUGUUUUUCUGCAGGUAGCAGAGUUUAAAGAGUCUUCUAAAAGGGGAUCUUUUACAGCACUUUCAAGUUCCCUUGGACAUAUACUAAUGCAGCUUCAUACAGGUAUUUUAUACUUAAUUCAACGAGAAACUCAUAGUAGAUUGCUGGCAUCCUUGUUCAAGAUUCUCAUGCUUUUGAUAUCAUCUACACCAUAUUCAAGAAUGCCUGGAGAAUUGUUGCCAACAGUUUUUACAUCUCUACAAGAAAGGAUACAAAAUGGGUUUCAGUUUAAAAGUGAUCAGACUGGCCUGCUGGUUUCUUCUUUUAGUUGCUUGACUACAGCUCUGAAUACCUCACCAUCCUCACCGCAAAUCAAAGAAAUGCUUCAGAGAGAGAUAUUUAAUGGUUUUGCCGAGGCCAAAAAGAAGUCGGGUGUUCUUUUUACGUUGUUUCAAUUUUCAGAACAAGUUAGCAACCCGCCAAUAUGCUUCGAGGCUCUUCAGGCGCUUAGGGCUGUGUCGCACAAUUACCCCAGUAUAAUGUUUUCCUGUUGGGAACAAAUUUCCACCAUUGUUUAUCACCUUUUGAGGGCAGCUACUCCUGAAGUUCCUGCAGGACAAUGGAAAGGGCAUACUGGAAAUUCUGUUGGAUUCAUUGGGGAAAAACUCAUUACAGCUGCUAUUAGAGUUUUGGAUGAAUCUCUUCGUGCAAUAUCUGGAUUUAAAGGAACGGAAGACCCUUUAGACGAUAAACUACUUGAUGCCCCAUUUACUUCUGACUGCAUAAGGAUGAAGAAAGUUUCAUCAGCUCCUUCAUAUGAACUUGAGAGCUUGGAAAAUACUAGAGAUGAACCCACAUCAUGUCAGUCUGGAAUUGAGCAGUGGUGUGAGGCAAUUGAGAAGCAUAUGCCUUUAAUUCUACAACAUACUUCUGCAAUGGUGAGAGCUGCCUCAGUUACCUGUUUUGCGGGUAUAACUUCUUCUGUGUUCUGCACACUCUCGAAGGAAAAACGGGACUUCAUUCUUUCAUCUUUAGUUCGUGCUGCCGUUCACGGUGAUGUACCUUCAGUUAGGGCAGCUGCUUGUCGGGCCAUUGGUGUCAUUUCAUCUUUUCCUCAAGUUUCUCAAAGUGCAGAGAUCCUUGAUAAGUUUGUUCAUGCUGUGGAGAGUAACACUCGUGAUCCUUUGGUCUCGGUCCGAAUAACUGCUUCUUGGGCUUUGGCAAACAUAUGUGAUUCUAUCCAUCAUUGUAUUGAUGAUUUUAGCUUGGAAAAGACUGAAGGCUCUCUUAAAAUUUCUCAAUUAUUUACCUUAUUAACCGAGUGCGCUUUGCGUCUGACUAAGGACGGAGACAAGAUUAAAUCAAAUGCUGUAAGAGCUCUAGGGAAUCUUUCAAGAUCUAUCAAAUGUACAAUUGAAUUUGAGGCGCCAGGGGAUUAUGGGAAAGGUUGUCAAAGAGAUGUAUCAAUAUCAUACCAUCCAGCUUCUUUGAGAGAUUCGCGUUGGCUUGAUAGGGUUAUUCAGGCAUUUAUUUCUUGUGUUACAACUGGUAAUGUCAAGGUCCAAUGGAAUGUUUGUCAUGCUUUGAGCAACCUAUUUCUGAACGAGACAUUAAGACUGCAAGACAUGGAUUGGGCUCCAUCUGUGUUUAGUAUUCUUCUACUACUGUUACGUGAUUCUUCCAACUUUAAGAUCAGAAUCCAAGCAGCUGCUGCUCUGGCUGUUCCAGCAUCGGUGCAUGAUUAUGGGGAAUCUUUCUCAGACGUCAUCCAGGGUCUGGAGCAUAUAUUAGAGAAUCAAGGUUCAGACCAGAUUGCAUCACCAUCAAAUUUCAAAUAUAGGGUUGCCCUUGAAAAGCAGUUAACCUCAACCAUGUUGCAUGUUCUCAUCCUCGCUUCAAGCUCUGAUCAUGAACCAGUGAAAGUUUUUCUUGUAAAAAAAGCCUCAUUCUUUGAAGACUGGUUCAAGGCACUGUGCUCAUCACUAGGAGAGUCGAGUAGUCAACCGGAACUUGAAAAUAAGAAGUCCCUUGAGAACCCAAAGAAAGAGAUGAUAUGCAACGCAAUUCGGUCACUAAUUCAGCUGUACAAUGACAGGAAGCAUCAUGCAAUUGCCGAGAAAUUUGAGAAGUUAGAGAAAAGCAUACAGUGAGUUCUCUUGAUCUUUCUCGAUGAACUUGUACACUACAUGUGUGGACACCAACCCCAUGACCAAGUCCCUUGCAUAGUCACCUAAUACACAAAAAAUACUGCUUUUCUGAAGACAAAGAUUUUCGACAUACUGGGCUCUCUUUUUCAAUCACAACGGCAUACAGAGCUCUGGACGGGGUUGGUUAGAAAUUAGGAUCCUAAGUGGGUCGAUGUUGUUGUAUUACUGUGUAUGUGUUAUAUUAGAUUAUAGGGACCUUUAUUUGAUUUAUAACGUUAUUGUAGGGUGUGUAUGGAUUACCUAAUUACAAGAUGUUUUCUUCUUUCGGCUAUAAAUUAUUAAAGUAUAGGAGUCGGCCGUUUCCGUGUUGUGUCUUUCAACAAA